AUGACAAAUGAUGAAGAGCAUCUUGUGGCUAUGGAUAUUCCGAUAAAUGAAAGAGAUACACAAUAUCCUUUACCAAUGCAAGGCAGUUAUGUAGAUGAUGACGACAUGGGUUUUUAUAAGUAUAAGACUUUCAAGGACAAACAUGAAUUAAUUAGUUUGUUAAAGCUUGCUUCCGUGAAGAAAUAUCAAAGAUUCAAACCAGUGAAGAAUAGUAAAGAUGUAUAUUGUGUUAGAUGUGUAGAUCCAGCGGACGUCAUUGGACCAUACAUACACCAAAGGUUCUUGAACGGAAAAGGUCCAUCUACAAAAGAAAUAAGAAAUAUAACUCAAGAUGAAAUAGGUUGUAAGAUUAGUUACUGGAAGUCCUGGAAGGCCAGUGAGAUAGCUAAAGCUAUCAUAAGAGGGACGCCUGCCCACAGCUAUACAGUUCUAGAUGCUUACAAUUAUAUGCUUAGGACUGUAAAUGAAGGAAGCAAGACAUCGCUGAAAAUUGAUGACAAAGAAAGGUUCAAAUAUUUCUUUGUAUCUUAUAGAUCUUGGAUUAGGGGAUUUGUGCAUAUGAGAAAAGUAUUAGCCGUUGACAGGACAUUCUUAAGGGGGCUUUAUGAGGAAGUUUUGCUAUCUGUUGUGGCACAAGAUACGAAAAAUCAUAUUUUUCAUGUUUCAUUUUGUGUAGUAGAUAAGGAGUGUGAUGCUUCAUAUGAAUACUUUUUUGAGAAAUUGCUAGACAUAGUCCCCAAUACUACGGAGUUGUGCAUCAUUUUUUAUAGGCAUCCAAGCAUAAGAAAAAUGGUAUCAAAGAUUUACUCUGAAGCACACCACGGAUGUUGCACGAGGCAUCUUGCUGAAAAUGCAAGAAACGAAUUUCACUGUAUGGAUUUUCUUGGACAUUUUUAUCAUGCAACUAAAGCAUACCGUAGAGAUGUGUUCAAUGACCAUUUUGAAGAAAUCAGAUAUAUCAAUGCAGAAAUCGCCGAUUAUCUUGAGAAUGUUGGCUUUCAUAAAUGGAGUAGAGCCUACUUCCCGGGAAAUAGGUCCACAAUAAUUAUUGCAGUUGUUGGAACAACUGCAACAGUUGUUCCAACAACUGCAGCAGUUGUGGGGCAACUAGAGACAGUUGUUCCAGCAACUGAUUGUUGGAAGCCUGCAGUAGUUUGUAUUCAGAUUCUUAAGAAUUUUGGCUUUUAUAUUUCAGAAAGAGAAUUCCCCAUUACUGCCCUAUUCGAUGCUAUAAGUAGGAGGUGGUCAGAAAUAUUUCAUGAGUGGCGGAUGUCAUACGUCAACUUAACAACUAUCUUUGUCCCUUCAGCUGAAAACAAAAUAAUGACUAACAAGAAUCUGGGAAAUAAGUUAUUGGUCCAUCGAAUAGAUGAAGACAUGUUCACCAUUACUUGGGAAAGUGGGGUCUCAAUGGUUGAUCCACGAAGAAAAACAUGUUCGUGUCGAGAGUCUGACUUGGACAAAAUACCUUAUUCACAUGCUAUGGCAGCGCUUAGAAGUAAAUUCGGAGAUGAAUAUGGAAAUAUGAUUUAUGAGUACUCUUCUUCGUAUUAUAAGGUAGAGUCAUACGUGCUUGCAUAUGUAGACCCAAUCUUUCCAGUGCCAGCUGAAGAAUUUUGGAAUGCUCCUCCGGAGAUUUUACCGAGACGAGUACCUCCACCUGAAAAGAAAACCAAAUGGGGAAGGAAACAGAUGAAGCGGGUACCUGGAGUUGCGGCAGAAAUUUCAAAGAAGAAUUUUAAAAACUGCUCCUUAUGCAGAAGAUUUGGCCACAAAAAAACUACAUGCCCUACAAAAAGAGAUGGAGAUGUAGGAACAAGUCGUGGUAUAGGUUCAUGA